AAUCUAAAAAAGGUGGAAGGCCGAAAAAAACCAUUGAGCCAGAAUUGAUGACACCCAACGACAUUUUAAAGCUAAGUCCGUCUAAGCCUGUACCGACAAUUAUUGAAAAAUGCAUGACACAUUUGGUUGGUAUCAAAAUUAAACAGUCAAAACUACCGAAUCAAACAAUUCAAUUUGCUACAAAAGGACCACAGGUAUAUAAAUAAACAUUUAGAAUAUACAUAUUUUUCUGCAUUUACCUGAAAAUUAUUCAUAUUUCUACUAUAUAUAUAUAUAUUAUAUAUCUAACAAAGACUAAAAAUAAAAAACAUUUCUUUAUUUUAGCCAAUAACGGUUACACCGAUCAGCAUGCCAAGAAAGUUAUCAAAUGAAAGUAGUAAAAGAAGCUUAUCUGAUCGGAGCAAAACAGCUAAAAAUAUAAUCAACAUGAUUUCAGGAAAUUCAAAUGAUGCAUUUGUGAAACAAACAGCUGCGAUCAUGAAAAAAUGUGACAAGGAGCAGCGAAAACAAAUAAUCGCAGAAAUCCAUCAUGUCUCCAUUCCAGCUGAGACUGCUGCCGCCAUGAAAGCCACCUUGAAUUUGCCAUGGAACCUUAUGCGAAAUAUUUCCCGAUGGCUUGCCACUUUUGACAUCAAACUUGCAUCUGAAAAAACAACAAGACAGGUUGCAGACAAGUGGAUAGGGAAAGGGCUUGUUGCUGAGCUAGCUCCUCUAACUCGAAAAUUUAGUAGUAGUAAUAAGCAGCUUGUUGUAGAUCCCAAGCCUUGGGUAUACCUUUACAAUGUUGUAGGUCAUAUAUUAAACCGGUUAACAGAACUGAGUAAAAAUAAUCAAUUAGUUCAUCACUCAUUUAUACCGGAUGAUGAAAUACAUGUUAAAAUUGGUGGUGACCAUGGUGAUAACAGUUUCAAAAUGAGCUAUCAAGUGGCAAAUAUUAGAAACCCUAAUCGCAAAGAAAAUACGACCAUCUUCAGCAUAUUUGAGGCAAAGGAUUCCGUGACAAAUUUAAGAAUCUGCUUAGAAAGAUUUAAACCACAAAUUAGGAUUCUACAAAAACAGAAGUGGAAUAAUUUGAAGAUCCGUCUCUUUAUGUAUGGAGAUUACGAGUAUUUAUGUGCUAUGUAUGGAAUUAGUGGGGCAAAUGGCCGUCACUGUUGUCUCUGGUGCAGCAUAAAGACUGACCAACUUUGCAUCCCAAAAUUUAUUCGUGGAUCUUUUCCAAAACGGCCAUGUGUCCUUGAUAUUCCGCUUCGAACCACCCGUGUUAAAACUGCCUGUUUAGAUUUUUGCCUGUACGAACCUUUUAAUAAACCAAACUCGUCAACAAGUAAAAUGCGUUGGUUUAAAGACGAUAAAAAGACCACUAUCCCCUUUGCUUGGUUUCUUAUGAAAUUCUUAGAAAAUAUUCCAUGUGUCUGUCUUAUUUUUAAAUCCUGUACUCUAGAUUGUGAAACACGAAUAGAAGAAACCUGGAUUGAUGAUUUCAACACUGCAACGUUCUUUGAAAUACAUAGAUUUGCAUCAGCAUAUUACCAUCAUGUGCUUAUAAAGAUUUGA